CAAGACUUCUGAUUUAGUUCCAUAUAUUAGUCGACCUUGUAUAUUAAAUACAUUGUUUUUUUUUUAGCUUCUUUCGUAUUGGCGAGAGAUGAAUGGCAACAGCCAAAAGUCCCUGGCGGACGACAUGGCCUCGCCACCUUACGGCAAGGAGGUGCUGAUUGGCAACUGGGCGGAGCGCCGCUACGCUGUUGAGGAGCAGAGCAAUGCCAUCCUGCCAGGACUCCGGGUGAGUGGCUGCGAGCUCCAUAGGUCGCUCUGCCACGACACAUACACUACUGCACCCUUCGUUGGCGCGGAGACAGUAUCCUUGUUCGUGGAUCAUCGCAAGUUGGCUUAUCAGAACUUUAUAAGGAAUAGGCAAUCUUCCUUGAACCUGGUGGAUGAUGAGCUACUCAAAAGGAACUUCACUACCACCAACACCCUGGAGUUUCAGGAAAUUCCUCGACUGCGUCUUAUAGACGCUAAUGGGGAAAAGGACAAAAGCGGUCCUCCGAAGCAACCGGCGGACGUGGACAGACUGCAGACUUUCGGCAAUCUCACGAAGACUCACAACUACCUCUUUCGGUUCAAGUGUGAGAAAAUCCUGGAGGGGAUCAGCAACAUGCAGACCAACUACUCCGCCAGCUUUAACCGCCCAUGGGAAAAAAAACCCAUCUUUGAAUUUGGUCCAGACUAUGACGGAGUCGUAAAGUUUGACUUGACGUGCUAGCUACCAGAACUAUCUUUUCUCCUCAGAUUUGGUAUGGGAAUCUACAAAUUUCCUAAAUAAAAAUUGCAAGCGUGUUCCCAAAGAAACUCGUUCCCUAUA